AUGCGUCAUGAUCCUGACCGUCAGCUCACGACGCCGUUGUUGAGCAAAGAACUGGCCCAGCCGAUGAAUGGGGGAUCCGAACAUGGAACUCAGGAAUCAAAUCAUAAUAUAGCCUUGGAUUUCCCCAUGGCGAGCUGGACGUGGGCAAAACCAUACAGUGGCAAGCGGGCCCUGCCUCAAACCAUUGCACACAGAGGAUUCAAAGCGGAAAACCCCGAGAACACGAUGAACGCUUUCAGAGGUGCUGUCGAGGUUGGAGCCCAUGCCCUCGAGACUGACAUUCACUUGUCCAAAGAUGAUGUGGUCGUACUCUCUCAUGACCUAGACCUGAAACGGUGCUUUGGCAAGAAAGAAAAGAUCAUCGAUUGUGAUUGGGACUAUUUGAGUACCCUUCGCACAACCAAGGCUCCUCACGUGCCCAUGCCACGUCUCCAAGACCUGCUUGAAUACGUUGCACAACCGGGCCUGGAACAUGUCUGGUUAUUCCUCGAUAUCAAAUUGGACAACAACUCGGACGACGUGAUGAGACUGAUAGCGAAGACGCUGGCUUCGGUGGAUCCCGGUCGACGCGCCUGGAAGGAACGAGUUGUGUUAGGAAUCUGGGCAGCCAAAUUCCUGCCUUUGUGCAUGAAAUAUUGUCCUGGCUAUCCGAUAUCACAUAUCGGUUUCUCGACCAUCUACGCUAGGCAGUUCCUGAAGGUGCCGAAUGUGUCGUUCAAUAUGCUGCAAAAGAGCCUGUUCGGCCCUUUGGGCGCUCGGUUCAUAAGGGACGUACGCAAAGCCAACCGCCCACUCUUUGCUUGGACUGUCAAUGACUCGAAUCUCAUGAAAUGGUGCAUUCAACACAAACUAGAGGGUGUCAUUACAGAUGACCCUAAAACAUUCAAGAGGAUUUGCGAUGAAUGGGACGGGGAAAGAGAACCAGACGUCAAAAUCACUUGGUACCAAUGUCUUCACACGUUGUGGUUAUGGAUCAUGAUCGCGAUUUUCUCUAGGCGGUUCAGGCGCAGAUUCCCAGAGACUGUUGAGCAUUUUAUACAACAGAAUAAUCUCAGAGCGAAGACUGUAGAUGCCAUUGAGGAGUGA